UUUCAUGAUGCACCUCAGAUGUUGAUAGGAGGUAGGACUAACAUUUAUGACGACAUUGUCUGAAUUGAUGAAACAGCGUCUGGGUGACGCAGGAUUUUGACGUCAGUGUCUAAAUUCUCUGGAAAUCGCUAGAGAUCAGUGAAUGAGUGAGCAAUUUCGGACAUACAACUCCGACUACAGGUCAUUAGGUAAACACGUGAUGGACACAGCAUGCUGGACCCGUGCACCGCGACUGUCUGGACCGAGUCAGAUAACCGACUACCUGUACAUCAGCAACGGCAAGACGGCCACAGACAGCUCGGUAUUAACCCGCAUCGGAAUCAGCUGCAUCAUUAACGCUACACAGGAGACGGACAAUUUCCGCCUUCCUUCUGUAGAAUAUGUUCAUGUGCCUGUCUCUGAUUCUCCUUCAGCUCAGAUUCAAGAACAUUUUGAUCCAGUUGCAGAUAAAAUACUUGGUGUUAAAGCGCUGCACGGCCGCGUGCUGGUCCACUGCUGCGCCGGAGUCAGCCGCUCCGCCACACUGUGUCUCGCUUACCUCAUGAAAUAUCGCGAGAUGUCGCUCACGGAGGCGCACGCGCUGCUCAGGACGUGCAGGCCGAUCAUUCGCCCUAACCAUGGCUUCUGGAGACAGCUGAUCGACUAUGAGCUCAGAGUUCGUGGAGUGAAUUCUGUACAGAUGGUGGAUUCACCAUUGGGACAGAUUCCAGAUUUGUAUGAGAAAAGCGCUAGAAAUUUUAUAGCACUUUAAUCUGGCAAAAUUAUACAAUUUAUACUGGAAGCCCCCUGCAACCCUUCCCUGUACCUUUCAGAAUAAAUAAAAAGCCCUUGAAACAAA